GUUCUUAUUCUUAUUCUUGGUUCUAGGAUGGGCUGGAGUGUCACCUGACAGGCCUUAUGCAGAGCCUGGUGGAAGGGUUGGACAUGGCUGCUCAGGCUGAGAGAGACAAGUCAAGCAAAGUUUCAGAAGAGGAGUGGGAGCAGAUUAAACCUUCAAAAGUUGAGCGCAAGAAUACUCUUUUGCAGUUUAUCAAGAAAAAGUUGCGGAAUGAAGUAAACUGUGACAACUGUACAAUGUGGAGGGCACUGACUGCGGAACUCUGGGGUCAAGACUAUGACAUCUCGGCAUCUGCCAGCCAUCUCUUGGAGAUUGGCUACUGGAACCCACGUGAGGGCUGUAGCCUCUCUGACCAACUGUUCCCACAUUCCAAGUAUGGCUUCCGACAACUUGUGCUUCCAAUUGCUUCAUUCCAUUUUCCACCAUGGCAGAUAAUUAACUACAACUCGACUGGACAUGCUGUUGAAUUCAAAGGAGUUGUGUUUGAAAUAGUCGACUUCAUAGCAAAGAAGUUCAAUUUCACAUACAAUGUAAUAACUCCGGUUAAUGAGACAGCUCCUGGUUUAGAUGCUAUUGAAGGCAGUAACGUUGGGAAAAUAGAGGGUGUUGAUUCAAAACUAGAAAUUCAACUACAAUCUAUGUAUUGGGAAAGAAUAUCUAAUCUCAUCAGAGAAAAAAAGAUUUUCUUGGGUGCAUGUGCUCUGACUAUCACGGAAAACAAAGCAACCAUUGUUAACUUUACGGAACCUGUCAGUAUUGAAACUUACGUGUUUUUGGUCUCAAGACCAAAGGAGCUUAGUCGUGCACUCCUCUUCAUACUUCCUUUUACCCCAGAUGCAUGGUUCUGCAUCGUAAGUUCAAUAGCACUGAUGGCUCCUACACUGUACAUCAUACACAGACUCAGUCCAUUCUACAAUUACCAUGGAGUGAGUAACACAACUGGCCUUGGGAAGAUAUCAAAUUGUUUUUGGUAUGUUUAUGGAGCACUGCUUCAACAAGGAGGAACGUACUUGCCCAUGGCGGACAGUGGGCGUCUGAUUAUUGGCACAUGGUGGAUUGUGGUCUUGGUUGUUGUGACCACAUACUGUGGCAACUUGGUGGCUUUCCUCACCUUUCCCAAAAUGGACAAGGUAGUGGCCAGUGUCCACGACCUCUUGGAGCGCAAGGAUAUGCUUUCCUGGGGCAUUCCUGAUGAAUCGUACAUCAAAACUCUUCUGAUGGCUGCUGAUGAUCCGAUGCUACAGGAGGUGUACAGUCGAAUGCAGUUACACAAAGAGCUAACCCCGGCAGUGAUACAGUUAGUGCGUGAUGGCAGACAUGCUUACAUCCAGAGCAAGACUAGGCUUCUUUACGUCAUGAAGUCUCAGUUCCAUGCUACCAACACCUGCGACUUCUCUCUCGGAAGUGAAGAGUUCAUGUUUGAGAAAUUGGGAAUGAUUGUUUCUCAAGAUAACCCUUACCUGGAGCUGUUUAAUAAAGAAAUUGGAAAGAUGCACAGGAUGGGACUGAUACACAAGUGGAUGACGGAUUACUUGCCCAGUAAAGAUCGCUGUUGGAACUCCAUGUACACAGCUGUUGUCAAUAACCACACAGUGAACCUUGAUGACAUGCAAGGAUCAUUCUUCAUAUUAUUCUUGGGUAUUUUCCUGUCUUUUAUUAUUAUCCUACUCGAGUUUCUGGUGAAGAGGCACAAGUUAGGAAAAGAGCAAAGAGUCAUACAACCAUUUGUUCAGUAAUCACAUACUUAUGUAUUUUUUAUUUAAUAGCAGAAUAAUUAUUUCAUUCUUAUUGUAGUGUAUGCAUUUGUAAAUAUCUUUUAUAUCAAAUGUAGUUAAAAUAACGUAUUGAAAUGUUCAUUUAAUUGUAUUGUUAAUUUAUUUUUACUGUUAUUAACAUUUGAUUUCCUGUUGUAUUGAAAAAAUAUUUUUUUAAACUCUUCCAACAAUGUAUUCUUUGCAACAGACACAAAUUGACAUAGUUUAACUUUUUGGAAUCAGAAUAAAAUACUCAUCUUGUGAUUAGUUCUUAUGUAGUUUAUGGUGACUAAUAAACUAAACAUUUCUAAAAUAUGUGGUUUUAUUAGAUGAAUUAAUAUUUCUUGUUAAUCAACUUGUAUAAUAUAGUUUUUAUCAGCCAACUGAAGAACACAUGACUAAAGAAAAAACAUGUUUUUAACCCAGAAAGUAGUCUUUUACUAUUGUAAAAUGUCAUAUUUGUUUGUUAUUUUAUGAUGUCAUAUCAUUGUUUAGCAUUUCAAUUUUUCUUGAUGAUUGGGGCGUGUAAUGUUUGUGAAUAGAGUUUAAUAAAAAAAACAUUUUUAGAAAAAUAUUAGAUGAUAGGUUUCAUAUAAAUCAUACCUUAAAAUACCAAUAACAUUGCUUUUAUAUGUUCCAUAUAAUUUAUAAUAAAAACUGCCAUGACAAACCAGUGAGGCCCUCCGAGCUGAGAAAACAAUCACGUAAGUUGAAAACCGAGCUCUGAGGGUUAACCCUGUGUAUAUAUUUGUACUUUGUUCUUUAGUAAUGUACAAACAGUCUACAAAUCAAGGUAGUGUCAUCGUCAUAUACCACCACAGAUUUUAGUCCCUGAUACGAGCUGGGAAGUUAUAUGUCAAAAGAAUAAACAGUAAUGAGCUCAGUACCCCUCUUUAGUAUGAAGGCACUUUGACCUGACAGUCGGGGUUACACUGAUGUAUGAUGUAUGACUGAUGUUUGUGCAACAUCUUUAUAUAUAUAUAUUUCUUGUGUUCGUGUGUAUGUGACUGAACUCCUCCUAAAUGACUGGAUCGAUUUUAUGAUGAAAUUUUAUGUGUGUGUUAAAGGGGAUUCGAGAAUGGUUUAGAUUCAUGAUUUGGUCCGAUUUAAAUAGUUUAUUUCAUUAAUUUUUUAUUUAUAAGUUGUUGUUGAUGUUAGAGUGUUUUAUAUUGGAUC